UGAAAUACAGAAUAUAUGUCUGUAGAAGGAAUUUAAUUUUUCAAUCAUCAAUCACUCGAUUAAAUCAUGACGACCUCGUUUUCAUCAUCAAUAAUCAUGGAAAAUUCAAAUAAUAUUCAUCAUCAUCAUCAUAAUCAUUCCUCAUCAUCACAGCAAUUAUCACCUGAUCAACAAUCAAAUCGACCAACACGUUCGACAUCAUCUUCAUCGUUGAUAAUCGAUAAUAAUCCAUCAUAUCAAUCAUCAUCAUCAUCAUCAUCAUCAUCGCCACAGUUAUUAAUAACAAAUCCAUCAAAUAGAUUGAAUCAAUCACCACCAAUCAAUGAUCAAUCUAUGCAAUCACAACCAUUAUCAAUCGAUACAGCUAUAUCGAUGAAUCAUCAAUAUGAAUUUUCAUUAAAUAGUCAUAGUCAUCAGAAUCACCACUAUCACAUUCAACAACCAGAUAAUGAUGAUGAUUCAUUCACAUAUCAAACACCACCAUAUACUGAACAGGAUCCAAAUAAUUUGUUAAAUAAUCGAUUAUUAUCAUCAUCAUCAUCGACAACAACAACAACAACAAUAAUGUCACCCGAUUCUAAUCGAUCCUUUCAUUCAUAUAAUUUGCCAUCAAAUCCAUGUGGUUCGACUACGACAACAAAUUUAAUAAAUGUAGAUAUAAACCAAUCAUCAUCAUCGAACAUAAACACUACAACAAUUACGGAUACAAUUAGUUCAUCAUCAUCAUCUUCAACAUCGUUAUCGAAAGAAAUAGUGAAACCACCAUAUUCAUAUAUUGCAUUGAUUGCAAUGGCAAUACAGAAUGCACCGGAUCACAAAGUAACAUUGAGUGGAAUCUAUCAAUUCAUAAUGGAUAAAUUUGCUUUUUAUCGUGAAAAUAAACAAGGAUGGCAAAAUAGUAUUCGUCAUAAUCUUUCAUUGAAUGAAUGUUUUAUAAAAGUUGCACGUGAUGAUAAAAAAACCGGCAAAGGUAGCUAUUGGACAUUGGAUCCAGAAUCAUUUAAUAUGUUUGAAAAUGGUAGCUACCUUAGAAGACGAAGAAGAUUUAAAAGAAAAAAUGAAAAAUUCUUUUCAUCCAAUAGUAAUCGAAUGAAAUCUGCUAAACGUGUACGAAAAGCGAAAACAAAAUCCACGAUUCAAUCAUCCGAGCAUUUGAUUAAAGAAAAUAAUGAUGGAGAAGAUCCAUCAUCUUCUACACAGAUCAAUGUAGGCAUUGAAUCUUCCAGUUAUCAACCGAAUUUAACGGAAUCGACCACAUUCAAGGAUUCUUCUUAUUCACAACAACCAGACCAGACCAAUAAUGAUCAUCAACAAAUUCAUUAUUACUCAAUUUCAAACACAGACAAUGACAGUGAAACAAUAGCAAAUUGUCAGCUAGAAAAUUCUAAAAACGAUACCAUUGAUUCUUUGGAAUUCACAAAUUCGACAGCAAAAAAUUCUGAUCUUCAAUGUUUAUAUAACAAUUUUGCCGGUAAUCAAGUUAAACCAUCUUCAACAAUGUCGGCAAAUGAUUUAAAUCAACAUUAUCAUCAUCAUCAUCACCAAAUUCAACUGCCAGCCACAAUCAAACAAUAUUCAUCACAUCAACGUUAUUAUGAUGCAUCUUUGUCUGGUCCGAAUUUUCAUAAUAAUCAUAAUGUGAAUGCCAUGAACGAUGGAACAAUUCAUCACUAUUAUUCCAUUAAUCAACAACAACAAUCGUCAAGUCAAUAUUUUAAAACAACAACAACUACAGCAGCAGCUACGUCGCCAAUCAAUAAUGGCUAUGAUCAACAAUAUCGACAACAAAUUGAUUCAUCGACUACGAAAUCAAUUUGUCAGCAUCAUCCUCAUCAAUUACCCACUAUAAUUAAUAGCAAUACAUUUUCAUUGGAAUAUCCAUCAUUGUCGAUUGUUGUUCCAUCAUCGAAUACCACCAUGAAUAAUUCAACAAUUAACAACAAUCUUAGAUCGAAUAGUGUGAGAACAUCAAAUACAAUUGACGGCGCCGACACCAACGAUUUGUCUUGCCGUAUCAAACAUCAUCAUAAUGGAUACACUGAUUGUCAUCAUCAAGAUCAACAAAAAUCA